CGAAAGUCUGCCUGAUAGUGACUGACACGAAUAUGGCGGAGUGCUCCCAAGAGAAACGGAGAAAGGUCCGCAAGGGCACAAGGAGCUGCUGGGAAUGCAAGCGGCGCAAGGUUCGCUGUAUCUUCAGCUCCUCCUCCAAUACCACCUGCGAUAGCUGCAGGCGACGGGGAUCUACAUGCACCAGUCAGGAGCUCCCAGACAGCCCUAUACCUACAAGCAAAGACUUGGUCGAUGCCCGACUCGACCGAGUAGAGAGGAUACUCGAACAGCUGGUUAACCCGGGCAGCCGAGCGCUAUCUUCUGAAAAUUAUACCGAAACCCCUCCCAGGUUGGGUACAUUGGACAGUUAUGUGGACUCUAGUCGAGAAGAACAAGAAUCGUCCCCAGAGAACAACAUCCCUGGAGGCCCGUAUGAGAGUAUAAACCGCGACCUUCUCGCGGCCUGGCCCAGCAAGAGGGAGCUCAACCAUAUCUACAAUCUCCCUGUUGGCAUAACAGUAUAUAUGAACUAUGAAAUCUGGGUCCCUAAUUCCACCUUCAUAGACGACAGCCUACCAUCACCCGAAGAUAUGCUCCAAUUACCAGCACCAAACUCCCAUCCCGUCCUAAUCGCACGCAAACUCCUCACCCUGGCCAUCUUUCUCCAAGGCAUCUCUCCACCGUCCAUCAAAAGCUUAUCUGACCUAUCUAUCUCCCACCACGACAUCAUGACCCGCGCCGUCACCCGUGCCACCAGACUAGUAACCACAAACGACGAGCUCACUCCCUGCAUCGAAGGCCUGCAAUGCAUCAUGCUAGAAGCCCAAUACCAGAACUACGCUGGUAAUCUCCAUCAAGCCUGGCUAGCCACCCGCCGAGCCACAGCCAUCGCACAGAUGCUAUGUCUCCAUCGUGGACUCCCCGCGUCAUCUCUAAAGACUCUCGACCCAGCUACGCGCGGUAACCUAAACCCAGAUUACUUGUGUUUCCGCCUUAUCGAGAUGGACCACUACCUCUCCCUGAUGCUCGGCCUACCACCUACCAAUCUCGAAGCACGGUGCCUCUGUCCUAAAGCCCUAGAAACAUGCACACCCCAAGACCGCAUGCACCGCAUGCACUGCAUUAUAGCAGGCCGUAUCCUCCACCGUACUGAAGCAGAUAUCAACAACAUCUCCCUUACGAACGACAUCGACCAGAUGCUCCAAAACGCAGCCGCGCACAUGCCUCCCCAGUGGUGGCUCAUCCCAGACCUAAGGCCCAACCAAACCCAAAUCGCCAUCAUCCAGAAUACCCUCCGUCAAAACGCCCAUUUCACGCACUACCAACUCCUCCUCCGUCUGCAUCUUCCAUACAUGCUCCGCUCAUCUCAAGGCUCUGCAGUGUACGACCGAAGCAAACUCACCAUCAUAACCGUAAGCCGGGAGAUACUGGCCCUGUAUAUCGCUUUCCGUGCCUCGAAUCCAGCGCAUUAUUACUGUCGUGGUGUGGAUUUCAUUGCCUUUGUGGCGAUGACUGUGCUUUGUAUUUCGCAUAUCGACUCAUUCAGUAAUAUGCAGCCUGGGAAGGGAACGAUAGUCAGUUUCCUCGGACAUAGUCGACCAAGUGAUCGCAGGAUUAUGGAACGGACACUUUCUAUUAUUGAAGAUAUGGUAACGUCGGGUUCUGGAACGGAUGAAAUUGCGGGGAAAUUGGCGGGUAUAAUGAGGCAUUUAUUGGGGGUGGAGGAGAGUGCUGCUGGGGGCGUUGGGUAUGUGGCUAGGGAGAAUAUGGGUGAGGAUGGGAAGGGAGGAGGG